GCUGAGUCCUCUUGUAAUUAUUGGAUUUGAUCAAACUUUAAACUUCAAACCAUGGGAGACGAUACUUGGUUUUAUUUCAUUUUUGUUUUAAUUCAAGGUCCAGUGAUACAAGUGUCGUCAGCUGAUAUUGUGAUUGAGUGUUCAAAACAAUGUGGGCUCAUUGAUUGGAAAAACAUAAUUUGCCAACAAGGAUAUGGAGUGCGGGUAACAGACGUUAAUGUAUCUGCCCAGAGAAAAGAUGAAGCUAAAGAGGAAAAACUCAAAUAUGUCAUCAGACGUAGCUGUGAUGCUAAGAAAAAGUGUAACUUGGAUAAUCUUCCAGUGGAACUAUCCACAAUUUUACCAGCAUACGCCUUUUCAAAAGUGAAUAUUAUACACGAAUGUGUGGAAUUAUUAAAUUGGGAUAUCAGCUUCUUCACAACAGGACUAAGCAAAACCAUAACACACAUAUACGACCCUAUGUACCUAGUGGUAAGACCGGAGCAAACACUGGACACCUCAUGUGACGUAGUUGAUGCCGACAAGACUGGCGCUGUCAAUGUGACAGUUCUUUACCUGGAGUUUAACGAGGAUAGGACUUUAUCAGGAGAUGACCAAGUUAAACUCACAGGCUGCAACCAGACUGUCAAAUUUAACGUAUCCAGAUUGAUGCCGAUGACGUGCCCAACCGUUAAAAUAGAAAUAAAUUUAACGAGAGGAUUUCUGUGGAUGGAAAUAAACGCACAAAAGAGCUAUCGCAUUAAAUGCAUAUCCCACUAUACCAACAUAGAAGACAUAAACACAAAUACAGCGCAACCAAAACGUGGAGCAGACGUACUUUUGGUGGUAGUGAGCGUGGUUGCUGUCCUGGCUGUCUUUAUCGUCAUCAUUGGAAUGCGUUUGGUCUACGUCUGUCACAUUAAAAGGAAUAGAAGUUUUGUCUCAGAGAGAGUAAGCCAAACUGUAGCAGUCAAUGACAACCGUAAUGACCACACGUACCUGGACUUUCACCUUUACAGUACAGCAACACCAGACGCCAACAGCAGAGAGCACAGCUACCUCGACAUGAACGUAGACAGCACAGUUGAUGAGGACACAGUUGAAGAGGACAAUCGUUAUGAAUCUUCAGAUGGCUUAGAUGCGCGUGUAUAUAGGAAUAUGCCAGACUACAUAGAAGUAAUUUAAUAGAAGUUUACACCGUUAGCCAGUUGUCCACUCUCUGUUUUAAUAUAUACACCUUAUCUCCAG